GCGGCGGUGGUGACUGGGGUGUUGCUGGUGACGGGGGCGGCGGCCGCGCGGCUCUGGCGGGACCGGCUCCGAGACUGCGCCGCCUCUGCAGGUUGGCCUGAAGACGCCGGCUUCCUCCUGAACACCGAGAACCGGCAGAGGGAAGGUCAGAGAAAACCAAGGCCGCCAUGGCUGCCGUUGACAGCUUCUACCUCUUGUAUAGGGAGAUCGCCAGGUCCUGCAAUUGCUACAUGGAAGCUCUGGCCUUGGUCGGAGCCUGGUACACAGCUAGGAAAAGCAUCACGGUCAUCUGUGAUUUCUACAGUCUGGUCAGACUGCAUUUCAUCCCGCGCCUGGUGAGCAGAGCAGAUCUGAUCAAGCAGUACGGAAGAUGGGCAGUCGUGAGUGGUGCGACCGAUGGGAUCGGAAGAGCCUAUGCAGAGGAACUGGCAAGCCGUGGCCUCAAUAUCAUCUUGAUCAGCCGCAGCCAAGACAAGCUGCAGACGGUAGCGAAAGACAUAGCCGACACCUACAAAGUGGAAACCGAGGUCAUAGUUGCGGACUUCAGUAGUGGCCGCGAGAUCUACGACCCGAUUCGAGAAGCUCUGAAAGACAAAGACAUUGGCAUCUUGGUGAAUAACGUAGGCGUGUUUUAUCCCUACCCCCAGUAUUUUACUCAGGUCUCCGAGGACAAACUCUGGGACAUCAUCAAUGUAAACAUUGCUGCGGCUAGUUUGAUGGUCCAUAUAGUGUUACCAGGGAUGGUGGAGAGAAAGAAGGGUGCUGUUGUCACCAUCUCUUCCGGCUCCUGCUGCAAGCCGACGCCCCAGCUGGCUGCAUAUUCUGCUUCUAAGGCUUAUUUAGACCACUUCAGCAGAGCCCUGCAGUAUGAGUACGCUUCUAAAGGCAUCUUUGUACAGAGUCUCAUCCCGUUCUACGUGGCAACCAACGUGACCGCACCUGGCAGCUUUCUGCACAAGUGCCCGUGGCUGGUGCCUUCGCCCAAAGUGUACGCGCACCAUGCCGUUUCUACCCUUGGCAUCUCGAAAAGGACCACAGGAUACUGGUCCCAUUCUAUCCAGUUUCUUUUUGCACAGUAUAUGCCUGAAUGGCUCUGGGUGUGGGGAGCAAAUGUUCUCAAUCGUUCUUUACGUAAGGAGGCCUUAUCCUGCAAAGCGUGAAACUGCCUGAUGGUUUGGGAAGUUUCGCCACCUCCUGGGAGCCUGCAGUAUUCUGAUGUUUGGAAGAACACACUUAAUUUAUCUUCAGUAUUUUCUUCUAUCACUGGUUAUGUAGCAUACUGUUGACUCAUCAUUUGCAAAGCACACAUAAUACUUUUAGAGAAUGCUGUGGGAAAACCACGAGGGCCACAUCACGUGGAUGGCACAGGGCACACAGUGACCGAGGCACAAGAACGUUAUCGAGGGAACCUAAAUUGUGAUGCUUUUUUUUUUUCCUCUACACUCUGUCCAAGCUGUGUGAUUUAUGUUGUUCUAGGAGCUACAGCAAUCUGUUACUGAAAUAUAUAGGACUUGUUAGCUCUCGAACUUUCAAAUGUUGUUUAUGGGAAAUUAUUUCUGUAGAUGAAUUCCAGUAUUGUUUUUUGAAUGUUCAUCAGGAAAGAAUAUUUAAAAGUGUUAUUUUAUAAGUAAGAUCACUAAUUAGCAGUAAUUAGCAGUAGAAAUCCACGUGUGUCCUAUUGUAUAGCUCUGUUUGACUCUGUGUAUGAAAAUGCUGCUCUUCAAGCGAUAUUCCACUAGAGAACUGUGUGUGUGUGUAUGUUCUGUACAUCUGGGCAAGUUCAUUUAUGGGGCAGUUACUGUAAAAAAGAUGUCUUGCUAAGGUGGCUUAAUGUGAAACCUUACGGAGUCUUGAAAUUCUACUUAUUCCUCUUCAUACUAAACAUGCCUAUCUGAUUUUGGGCUGUAAGUUUGCCGUGUGUAAUAUUAUACAUUCUGUUGGUUGUUUUUUUUUAAUCUCCUGUGGAAUUAAUUCAUCCUUAGAAUCGAACCUACGAUGGUCGACCCUUAGUCAUCUCUUGAUUUAUAAUCGUUGUGGUUAAGUGGUGAUUUCUCAGCCUGUGACCCAUUUUAUAACUGAAAUUUAGCCCUUCAGAGCUUGUUAUAUCUGGUUUUCAUACACUUUUCUAUGUAAUAUUCUCUUAUAGUAGCGUUAUGGGAGUAAACAUCAGUUACUUAGGGAAUAGUGGUUAAAAUAUGGACUAAUGAUGUGUGUGAUAUGAUGUAUGUGUUAAAAUAAGUUAGAAACUCAUUCUUGGUUUGUGUAACAAAUCUACGCAUUACAGUGAACGCUUUUGUUGGUGUGAAGAUCAUUGUGUGCAACCCCCCCACGAUAGGGGUUAGCUUUGACACCUACUGUGAAAUAAAUGUUUUUGGCUCAGACCUCACAAAGCCAGACAUUUUUGGGGACCGCUCUCUAGUGCUUCAGCAAUGAUAAAUCACCAUAUGAUUGUGACACUGUGUGCAAGUUAAGAAUUUGGAGCUUAUUACUGUGACACUGAUGCAGAAACUAGUAAAUUGGCUGAAAUCAGGAA